UACAUUCCCCCUGACUACCUGCCUGCUGCCUAUGAGGGUCUGUCUGCGAGGCCGUCCCACAGAGAGGUUGUGACCAACGCCUUCGUCCACGUCCACCAGUCGCUGCACCAAGCCAACACCCGUGUAGCUAAGCGAGGCGGGCGCUGUAUGGCAAUCACACCCAGACACUACCUUGACUUCAUUAACCACUUCGCUAAACUGUACAAUGAGAAACGAUCCGACCUAGAGGAGCAGCAACUUCAUCUGAACAUCGGUCUACAGAAAAUCCGAGAGACAGUCGACCAGGUGGAAGAGCUGCAGAAAUCUCUCUCAGUCAAACGUAUUGAACUAGAGGAGAAAAACGCUGCAGCUAAUGCCAAACUCAAACAAAUGGUCAAAGAUCAGCAGGAAGCAGAGAGAAAAAAAAUGACAUCACAGGAAAUCCAGGUGGCACUUAUUGAGCAGACGAAGAUAAUUGGAGAGAAAUCAGCAAGCGUAAAAGCUGAUUUAGCUGGGGUAGAGCCAGCCGUUAUAGAGGCACAGCAAGCUGUCAAAUCUAUCAAGAAACAGCAUCUUGUGGAGGUCAAGUCCCUCCCUAAUCCUCCCUUUGCUGUCAAAAUGGCCAUCGAGUCCAUCUGUACCUUGCUCGGAGAACAGGAUCUUGACUGGAAGUCACUGAGAGGCAUCAUUAUGAGAGAAAAUUUCAUUUCCACCAUUGUCAACUUCGACACUCUUGCUAUUCCGUGAGUUUGUAGGGACCAGUGUAAGAAGUAUAAGGUGUAUUGUCACUCAGACAAUUACUGGGGUUAUCUGUUAGGGGUUGUCUGCCUCAUGUAUCCAGAAAAUGCCAACCAUACAAAAUCUGUCAAAUUGGUUCAGGUUAAAACACAGUUUGGUCUCAUAUCUAGAAAUCAUUUGUGGUAAAUAAAUGAUAUUUAAGGAAAAACUAACCCAAAAUUUGAUCAGCGCUUAUGUAAUGAAAUGACGGACAUGGAGUUGUGGUUGGCCUUUCUGCAUACUGUUGGUAGAACCAGUGAGUUUGAUGCUCUGUGACCUGUAC